UUAAUCCACACGAGCUAGGGAACAAAACUUUAACAGAACACACCGAUAACUGGUCAGUCUGUCCUCAGACCUCGAAGGGGGCGGUCGUUUUUAUAUCAAAAUGUCAAGAUUAUGCUUCGUGUUACUGGCAACCCUGCCGUUUAUAUUAUGCAAGCCGCAAGAUGGCGCCGGCGGAAGCAACCCGAGCAAACUUAAUCUAGAUUCUACAAGAGAAGCUUCCAAGCCUUGCACCCUGCAAGAUGGAUCGAUUGGUGAAUGUGUACUGUACUUCCAGUGUGAUGAGUCACUCACGGUCAUUGAGGACGGCUCGGAAUUAUUGGAUCUCAGGCGGUCAGUGUGCGCCCACUAUCUGGAAGUGUGCUGCGCGUACAGCAAUGGAACCAAUGCAGCAGGAGCAGCAACCACGACGCCGUCGCCAGAAAUGUACCUCAGUUUAAACGGUGAUGGGGAUUUGAAUCCUAUGAGAAGGCCUACCACGCCGUUCCUGACAAAGUCCCAGGAAUUGACAGGGUGUGGAUGGAGUAAUCCCAAGAUAAGAGCAUUUAAGACGACCACAAAGGAAGUGGCCGAAAACAGUGUUUACGCCAACUACGGAGACUUUCCAUUCAUGGUGGCCAUAAUAAAACAGAACAACAUUAGCGACGUGUGGUCACCGAGCGACUUUGUCGGCGGCGGUUUGCUCAUCCACAUGUCCUACGUCCUGACCGCAGCGCACAAGGUGACCCAAUACGAGGCCUCACAGCUGAAGUGCCGCGCAGGCGAGUACGAUACGCAGACGAUAAAGGAGCAGUUUCCGCACCAAGAGCGCGACGUGAGAAAAAUAACAGUGCACGAAAAUUAUUUUAGAGCAUCGCUGUACAAUGAUAUAGCGCUGAUCGCGCUGGAGGCACCGUUCGAACCGGCCCCAAAUAUCGGGAUAGGAUGUCUGGGCAAGACCCUGCCACCAGACGGCGCCACGUGCUUUGCGAUGGGCUGGGGGAAGGAGUUCGACAAUGAAUACAGAGAGGCUCUCAUAUUGAAAAAGGUGAAACUGAACCUGGUCUCCCGGGCGACGUGCGAGCGCCAGCUGCAGAACGAGCGCUUCGGGCCGCAGCGGCAGGCAGGCAGACUUAAAAAGACGAAUGGAGACAGCACAAGAUACGUGGCGUACGGCCUCGUCGCCUACGGCCUGCAGUGCGGGCACAAAGACGUGCCGGGCGUCUACGUGAACCUGCCCAAUAUGUACGACUGGAUCAACGGGCAGAUGGAUGGCGAGACACUGGAGAAACCCUACAUCUAUUAGCCGACUAGCCGCCGCCCGCGGUUUUGUCUGCGUUUUGGCUCGUUGCAGUUGGCAGCAUCAAGGCAAUGGCGGAACAGAGAUGGGGAGGUGGGGGGGGGAGGAAUUGGGAAUAACGAAGUCUGGCUGUUGGCCCCGACUCCGCCCGCAGUACAUGUAUAUAUACAUAUGUAUAAGUUUGGUUUGGCAGCUUUCGAAUGGAGGAAUCAUCAAAAAUUCUUCCACCAUUCGAAACAUGCCCAAAACUACCAAACUAUAU